CACGACUUUCCGGUGUGAUGCAGUCGCGAUGGACAAAGGCGGCGGCAGCGCUGUCGUCCCCGGACGUAUUUACUGCAUUUCGAGCGAUGAAGGCACUGCUUAGUGCGACACAAUUUGAUGGUCAGUCGGACUGCGCAAUGUGUAUACGGACGGUAGCAAUGCAGGUCCCGCAACACCAUUCCCUUGGGUUUAACUUUCAGCUUGUACGCCGAUGGCUUGAACAAACGCAAGUUGAUAUCCAAUUUUCCUCGUCAUCCGACGAAGACGACGGACUGGCGUCAAGCAUAUCCGCAUGGACAUUUCAAGCCCUCGUGGACAUGCAGGAACCGUUCUUGUCGCUGUGUGCAUCAGUUUGCCGCGAAGUUGCGUCAUUCCGUGACUGCUGCGUCUACGAGUUGGUGCGUCUUGCGCACGCCAUUGUCGUCCACCAUGGUACGACGACCAACUGCCCUCCACUGUCGGCAUCUCGAUGGACGCUCCCUUGGGUUUCCUUGGUGCACUCCUCGUUCAUUACGUCCAAGGCAACCCAAGUCGAAAUUCUCUCCAUGCUUGUAGCCAUCACGGACGAUGUCUCUGCGCACAACAACUCUGCGCAUGCCGACACUAUCCGUGUCGUCCUCGCGUCAUUGUAUCCUCUCAUUCUGACGACGCCUCCAUCUCCCGUUGGUGCCUCCUGCUUCAUCGGUCAGGAUCUGACCUUGCCGCUUGCCCACCAAUGGCUGCGACUUCUCUUCCACUCGAUGCUUCACUUGCCACCACAUCAAUCCGACCCAUGGCCUUUCCAACACUCCAACCUAACUACGUUCCGCCGCCACGCGAUGGGCAUUCUUGCUGAGGACGACGACGUCAUGGUGGACGUGCUAUAUCACGUGCUGCAGCUCGCUCUGUUAUACGAGGCACCCCCAGCGAAUGUGCCUCGUCCAUCCCCACCGUCUCCAUCCAUGCUGUCCGCUCUGUGGAACGAAUUCAGUCCCGCGCGGUGGUUUGCCGACUUUAGCGGCGUCCUCCAUGACGAUCACUCGGUCCUUGUCGACCUUGUUACGUCCAACGAAACGAACGCGUUGGCGUACGUCGUGAUGUUCUUUCGGCAUGUCUGUUCGAAUUGGCCGACGUGUCGCUCGACAUGGCAGUCCAUGGGGAGGUUCGACGACGUCGUGGCGAUGCUCACCCGGUGCCGCGUCGAGUUGAGCCGACUGAGCCGCCACGGAGAUGCCGUGCUGGGGUUUAACGUCGGGCCGCUCGUGCGGCGACUUGUCGCCAUAGAGCGCUUGUUCGAUGAAGAUGAGAGCGUAGAUGGACACAGUAACGACGACAGUGGCUUCAGCUGCGGCGGUGACACCGCGUGAUGGACUCGACGAUCGAUGCUGGAUCGGUUAAUACCCUUGCUGCGCCAUGAGCGCGUCAAAGAGUUUCUGCCGCUGCAAACUCUUGUUAUCCUGCCGCUUGAACUCCAACUUGGGCGUGUACUAGAAUGAAUCGACGGGAUAAUGACGGAUGCGUGACUACCUCGGCAUACCUUGAGGUCGAGCUCCUGCGUCACUCGAACUCGCAGCCACUUGGUCAUAUUGUUGAGGCGCCGCACGACUUUGGCCUCCACAGUCUUGCUUACUUUGCCAUGGGAGAUGGUGGUGACGUCCCAAUUCAACACGGCGCGUCGCAG